AAAAAAAAAGAAAGAGGCGAGAGCGUAAUGGCGGCGAGCAGGCUGUGAUGAGCUAGCGAAAAUAGCUUGGACACACCUCGGGAAAGCUCAGUCUCUCCUUACACUUUCACACAACCACACGCACGGAAACGGCUCCCAAAAUGCAGAUCACACUGAAAACCCUGCAGCAGCAGACGUUUAAAAUUGACAUCGACGCAGAGGAGACGGUAAAGGCGUUAAAAGAGAAAAUUGAGAAUGAGAAAGGGAAGGAGAGUUUUCCUGUCGCUGGACAGAAGCUGAUCUAUGCAGGUAAAAUCCUAAAUGAUGACACUGCGCUAAAGGAGUAUAAGAUAGAUGAGAAGAACUUUGUGGUUGUCAUGGUAGCAAAGCCUAAAGCUGCACCUGCAGCCACUCCAUCUUCAACUACUGCAGCAUCAUCAAGUAGUUCCACAUCUAGCACUACAACUCCCACAGUCCCACCCGCUGCUGCACCCGCCACCACCACAACUACCACUGACACCACAUCUGACACCACAUCUGAAAGCAGCGUUAAAGAGGAGAAAGCAGCAGAGGAAAAAACACCAUCUUCUACACCUGCCGGUUCUGGCAGCCUGACGAACGUCAACAUUUUCGAGGAGGCGACUUCGGCCCUGGUGACUGGACAGUCGUAUGAGAACAUGGUGACUGAGAUCAUGUUAAUGGGCUAUGAGAGAGAGCAGGUGGUGGCGGCGCUGCGUGCCAGCUUUAACAACCCAGAUCGAGCUGUUGAAUACCUGCUCACGGGAAUGCCAGUGGAGAGUGAGGGAAAUGUAGGCAGUUCUGAUCCUGCACCUCCAGUAGGGGGCACACCAGCUGCUUCUACAGGACUGUCAUCUCCAUCCAGCACAACACCUACACAACCCACUGCUGGAUCAGCAGCUAAUCCUCUGGAGUUUCUAAGGAAUCAGCCUCAGUUUCUGCAGAUGAGGCAGAUCAUUCAACAGAACCCCUCACUUCUGCCUGCCCUGUUGCAACAGAUCGGCAGAGAGAACCCCCAGUUAUUGCAGCAAAUCAGCAGCCACCAGGAGCAGUUUAUUCAGAUGCUGAAUGAACCUGCGCAGGAAGCAGGGCAAGGAGGGGGAGGGGGGGUUUCUGAGGCUGGUGGUGGGCACAUGAAUUACAUCCAGGUCACACCCCAGGAAAAGGAAGCAAUUGAGAGGCUAAAGGCGCUUGGAUUCCCAGAAGGACUUGUUAUUCAGGCCUACUUCGCUUGUGAGAAGAACGAGAAUCUGGCUGCCAAUUUCCUUUUACAACAGAACUUCGAUGAUGACUAAAAGCUCUUUCUUUUUUUUUUUUUGUUUUUUUUUGUUUGUUUUUUCUCCCAAUUCACCUGCUUUUUUUGUUUAGUUCUUUCCCCUUCCUUUCCCGUUAAUCAUACUGCAAAAAUAGAUAAAAUGAUAUUCAUACAUAAAACCCCUAAACAGGCAGUCUUGAUCUAUUUUUCUUUACACACUGGAUGACUCGGCUGUUUCAUCUGUAUCUGCUUUGUAAAGGCAAUUAUGUUCAUUUGCUCAAUUGGGAAUUUAAGUAAAAAAAAAAGAAAAUUCAUCACACGAUGUCCUCUGAUGACCUGGAUAUUUUUUUUUUGGCUUAAAUUCAUCAUUUUAUUUUUUGCUGAAAUGCAGGUUCAUAGGGUCCAUUCUCAUUUUACUUCAUCACUGAGUAAUUGUGGCUGAGCUGCGCAUACAUUGUUGAUUUUUUUUUUUAAACACCCCCGCCCCCCCAAAAAAAAAUCUUUCGCUCGUGUUUAUACCUUGUUUCACAGUCGAAAGGUAUAGGGACCCGAAACACAAUUUUAAACAUUAAAAAGAUUUUUAAAGCAACCCAGUUGCUGUAUGUAUUUUGUUUUAGUUAAGACUUUACUUUGUAGUGCAUGCAAUGCAGAGAUUUUUCUGUGCAAAUCCAUGAACUUGUUUUAAAGGUUAAAGGCAUGUCCACAUGCUCCACUUUGAUUAGUGUGGACAGUUCCACAUUCUGCACAUAUACUGUCCUUUUUCCAGGAAGAAAUAAAAGUUUUGAACAUAAACACA